AUGUCCAGUAAGGCUAGAUAUUACUUGGAACAAUGCAUUCCAGAAAUUAUGGAUUUGAUUGACAAGGAUCUAUUUACGAAGAAUGAGGUGAAUGCAAUUAUGAAGAAGAGAACUGACUUUGAACAUCGUCUAAAUUCCAGAGGUUCUUCUAUCAGAGAUUAUAUGAAGUACAUUGAAUAUGAGAAGAAUGUUGAGAAAUUACGUUUAAAACGUGUUAAACGAAUUUUGCAGACUGUAAGAACCAAUAGUGUUUCAGAUUGGUCUAUACAGCAGAGGAUUAUAUUCAUAUUUCAGCGUGGAUGCAAUAAAUUCCCCAAGGAGUUGAAGUUCUGGUCUUUGUAUUUAAACCAUUUAAAGAGCAGUGGAACCAAGGCUUCUUACAAAAAGAUUCACAAUGUGUAUGAGCAAUUGCUGAAACAUCAUCCGGCUAAUGUGGAAAUUUGGAUAUCGUGUGCUAAAUACGAAUAUGAAGUUCAUGCGAAUUUUAAGACUUGUAGAACUGUUUUUCAAACUGGUUUGAGGUUUAAUCCAGAUGUUGCCAAAUUAUGGUUUGAAUAUGUAAAAUUUGAACUGACUUUUGUUACAAAGUUACUUAACAGAAGGAAGGUUAUGAAUUUGAUCAACGAGAGAGAACAGGAGUUGGACAUGUUGCAACAGCAGCAGUUAUCUAAAGGUGUUGAUGAAAAAGAUAAUGACGGCGUGGAAGCUGGCAUUAAAGCGUUAAAGAAUCCUACCAGUGGUGACAAGAUGAAGGAUAAAUUAAAUGAAUUACCAGAAGCAGACAUGGAUAUGUUGGGAACUGCGGAUACAAACCCAGCAUUGCGUGGUGAUAUUGCAUUAACUAUUUUCGACGUUGCGAUGAAAACAUUGGGCGAAAAUUUCAUCAAGAAGCAUAAGGGAUACUACUCUUUGAUGGAUUCAAAACUUGACAAGGAACUAAGUCGGAAUGCACUAGAAUUUAUGUUUGAAAACGGCAUGGAAUACAUUAAACUAUUUGAUCAGUAUCCCGAUUUAAACAGAGAGUAUUUAAUUCAUCAUGUGAUUCAAUAUUUUAAAAUAGAGCACUAUGAUAUUACCUUGGAAAGCGAAUUGCCACAAUUGUAUAUCUCAUUGGUUCUGCAGGAUAUUGUGAUGAAUAUUAGGUACAUGACUGUUGAUGAGCUGGAUAUCGACCAACUACAGUUAUCGGUGAAAAAAUACAUUUCUUACAAAAGUAAAUGUGAUGGUGAUUUAAUUAAGCACCUCAGGAUAUUGUAUACGUCUCAUCUACAGGAACAACUUCUUUUUAAGUUGGAUAAGGACCAGGACCCGAGGUACAACAUUUUGAACAACAUUUUAAAGAAGUUGUAG